AUGUCUACUAAUGUUGAUGAAGAGGAAUCAUCCAAAACAAAGUAUAAAACAUAUGUUUCUGCUGUGGAGAAAAGCUUGAGACUUUUUGAAGGUACCAGUGAUUGGCCUGAUGUUAUAUCUGCACUUGGAAAACUGAACAGAGUGAUCAUCCAGCAUGGGAAAACUGGUGUGGUUCCUCGAGUCAAUCUUGUAUGCAAGCGACUAGCCCAGUGUCUUCACCCAUCACUGCCCAGUGGUGUUCAUCUGAAAGCCUUGGAAACCUACGAUAUUAUCUUUCGAACAAUUGGUCGACAUGGACUUCUCAAGGAUUUCCUGCUCUUCUCUGCUGGGCUUUUCCCUUUAUUUGGGCAUGCAAACAUGAAAGUUCGCCCAGUUCUACUCAGGAUCUAUGAAAAACAUUUCCUCAUGCUGGGUGAGGAAUUAACUGCCUGCCUGAGUGGACUUCUUCCAGGGCUCUUUGCUGGGAUGGAUGAAAACUCAGAAUUUUUUAACAGAACUUUGUCCUUGCUGGAUGGAAUACAUGACAAAACUGGAUCAAGGGCAUUCUACACAUCCCUUUGGAAGAUGGUAUUGGAGAAUCCUGGAGUGCGACAUCAUGCCCUUGUAUACGUUCUGAAUCACCAUAAUCCAAAGAUGACCCUUGAGGAUCAACUGUUCAUCCUUGGGGCAAAUGUCAAUGUCACUGUUUUAGCCUUGGAAGGAUGUUUGGAAGACAGUAGUCCUUUUGUCCAACGUUCUGCACUGGAUGUCCUCAUUGCUUUAUUCCCCCUCCAUGAGAAACAGCUUACAACAGAAGAUCUCAUUCAUCUAGUAUCAGCUGCCUUGUCUGUUCUCCUCAGCAGAGAUAUCAAUCUUAACAGGAGACUGUAUUCAUGGCUUCUCACUGAAGAGACUUCUAAGGAGCAGUUUAUUAAGUACUCUCUGCCAUUGGUGGUGAAAGGAAUUCAAGACUGGUUGAAGGGCCUGAAGGAAGCCAAUGAUAUUGGAAAACAUGCUCCACCUUCCAAGGCAUAUAAAAUGCUUUCUUUCAUUUUAGAAAAUUCUGUGAUAUCCCCACUGAUCAUGGAUCAUAUCAUGUUGGACAUACUGAGGUCAGCCUUUUGUCAUGGGAAUGGUGAUGGUGGAAAGGAGCAAGAAUUGGUGAAAAAUGUGAACAUGCUUUUCUCUUCUCUGGAUCCUUCCUUCCUUUAUGAAUUCUGUGCAGAGGUGCUAAGAACCACUAGUGUGUGCAAAGAAUGGGAACCUGAAACAGUUCAAUCAGUGGGACAUCCUGUGGCAAGUGUGGGUGAGAUUGUGUGUCUUGUGUCCUACCUUGUAGACCUCAUCUCCCCUGACAGAGACUCAUCUUGCUUGGAAGCAGUACUUAUUGUUGGAACUCAGAACCUGACUCACCUUAAGCCCAAUAAUGUGCUAUCCAUCAUCAAGUUGUGUGAAAAACUUAUGUUGAGGAUUGGAAAAUCACCAUCUCUGGCAUUAAGUAUCCAAUAUCAGAACCUUUUUAUCUCCUUCCUUCAAACACACAUCUUCCUGGAUGGAACACCAAUUAAAAAAUUGAAUGAGAGCCUCAUGGUUAAUAGACCAAUGAAACCAAAUGAAUACCUGCGAGAAAAUCUUGAAGUAUGGUCAACUGUGUUUUCAGCAGCUUGCCGAAUUCUUCCCAUCUUUCUCAUUUCAGGUGGUAAUGAUGAAGAGGAUGAAGCAGAAGAGGGAAUAGAAGAAUGGCUGACAGCAUGCAUGUGCUUUGUUCACAAACCAUCAGAAGUUGCCCUGGUUGCUCUUUCAGCUCUCAUUGAGCUUAAAGAAAUCAAUUACAUUGAUGCUAACAAAAGUCUGAAGCAAAUGAAUAUUCUUCAGGUUGUAGUGGGCCAUAUUUGGGAAGAUAGCUGGAAUGCUGAGGGAGUGAAGGCUCUUGAAAGGUUGUAUGGAACAGUCAGUGAGAGCCAAAAGAGCCAAAUUGAGGACAGCCUUUGUCACCUGAUUCACUGUGACAUGAAUGCCAGCAGAGGGAACAAGGCUCUUGAGAACUUUCAUUUUUUGUGGGAAAUGGAGCCGUCAUUCCUGUUUUACAGGUGUACCCUUCUGCUAUUGGAGAGCUUGGGUGUCCAAAAUGCAUCAUUGUCUACCAUUGCUGAAGCUUGGCUCUGGAGAUGUUUUGCAGAUGGUCAUUUGAGUGACAUCCUUGAUCCUCUUCUCCUCAUGCUUCUGUCUCCUUCAACUCUCAGGGUGAUCAUGAAAGAAACAGUAAUCUAUCCUGAGGCUCAUGGUUAUGCAGUUCAGUGCAAAAGAGGAACAGUUAUACCCCAUAUUGUAUAUCCUCCAUUAUGGAAGCAAGAUAAACAGCAGUCUUUUUGGAAUGAAGCUGAGCGACCAUCGCAUUACAUCUGUCCAUCAGGACUCUUUGAACGAUAUUUGGAACUCUUGAAUCGAGAAGCUCCUCAUAUAGGAACAGCAGAUGAUCAUGGUGUUUCUGACAGUCUUAGACAAGGUAAUGGUGAUAGUGAGGGGCAGCACAAAAGCAAACAAUCAGAUGAGAGUGAAGUGGUGGGUCAAAGUUUUGGACGGCUUGGUGCAAACUGUGUGACCUUUGUGAAAUCCUCUUGUCAAGCAUCACUUGUAACCCCAAAAGAGAUAGUGGAGUCCAUUGUGGAAGAGAUCUUGAGCCAAGUUCCUUUGGAACCUUACAUGUCAUCAAAUGAUGUAAAAGAGGUGCUCUCACCUCUACAUUCACACAUUUGCCUCUACCUAUAUGCUGCUGAUUUAUCAGGUUGUAUUUAUGCAGUGCAAAUGUUACGAACACUGCUCAAGCUAAAUCCUCCUGAUGUGACUGUGCAGCUGAUGUCUUCCAGACCCUCAAAUCAUCUUAUGCACGCUUUGUCAUACCAUGAACAUGGUUUGCUUGGAGAAUCGUUUGACUCUGCACUAUCAGAAGGAUCCUUUGGAGGAUUUUCAUACCUUGAUAUCAUAGUGAAGCUUUGUCUGUGGUACUUGAGAAGCUAUCUAUUGAACCAGGGCAAUGGACAGUCAAUCAUGAAAGAAGACAUUAUAGCGAAUAGAGAAAUGAAGAUAUUGAGCAUGGAAGUUCUUGCCUACAUCUUCACUCACCUUGUCUCUGUAGUUGGUGAACGUUGCAGGAGCAUUGAUUAUUUGUUGACAAAAUGCAAUGUUUGUGAGACUCUUCUUCAUAUAUUGAGCCUAUCAGUCAUGGAAGACUUUGAUGAACCAUUUGUCUCAAGUAUCAUCCACUUCAAUGAAGGUGAUUCUACAGAAAGAGACACCUUCUGUGAAGCUCUCCAUAUUAAUUUUUUACGGUGA